CUGUCCUGUUUCGACACGCGUGGUGGAGCUGAAAGACAGCGUAUCCUAUCCGGUCGACUAUUACGUACCACACCACCAAAAACCAGCCUUGAAAAUCCUACAUUAUGGCCAUGGAGGAUGUCCAGAUGGCUGAUAUCGCGCCUCCUGAGGAGGUGAGUGGAAUGCUUAGUACAAAUGGUCGUGGUCAUUGAAGCUAUUCGUGACGGGAAAUUUCACGCAGGUCCGCAGGAGAAUCGAAGUGUUAGUCCUGGAGUUUCUGCGUGGUCUCGUCAGCCAUGAACGCCCAAGCAUAAAGAGCCUGUCACUUGUGAGUAUGCCACUACUUCCUUCGCGCUUGCGAAACAUUGCAAUUCUUACGAACUUGGACACCAACAGAUUCGGCGUGACGCUUCAAACUUUAGAGCUUAUGGGGGUGACGAAGAAAAUGUCAGACUGGGCCUUGCACACACGUUGAAGGAGCGCUCAUUGACGGGACUGAACGGAAAAAGGGUUCUCCCUUAUGUUCGUGGUAUGCGUUCUGGCCAGCAAAGACGUUCUUAGGAUUCCUGUGUUUUCGACCGAAACGCCUGACUGGAAUUUGUCAUUACAGUUUGGAAAGUUCUCGCCCUGGUUUACAAGCUGCUCGAAGAUGGCAGAAUGUCGACACAGAGAGAGAUCUAUUAUCGUCUGCUUGGUGAAAAUCAAGAGUACUUCAAGAAGCAACGUGAUUGCAACGAGGCCAUUCAAGGUACGCUACAUGCCAUUGCGUUUCAGGCUAGCAUUAGACGCAAUACUCUAACAUUAUGUGUACAGAGACCGUGGCCCUCCUUCGCUGCAGCAGAUGCAGCUUGGGUAUUUAUGCAUCAAGCAAGGGUACAGUUGCUGGUCGCCUAUCUAUGAGGGAAGGAGAAACUGGACAGUGGAUCGACUGCACCAGUCGGGGGAGUGCUGGCGUUUCAAUCACUGGGAACUUAUGGAACAUUGAGAAACUGACGUUCAAGACAGAUGCUCGAUACAUUAUUGUAGUUGAAAAGGACACCGUCUUCCAACGGCUUGUUCAGGAUCGUUUGUUCAAUGAGAUUCCGUGCAUUCUGAUCACUGCGAAGGGUUUCCCUGAUCUGGCAACGAGCAUGUGACGUGAAGUGGCUUGGACUGAGAUUUGGAGAUGUCAAGUAUGUUCCUGACGAUGGACUACAACCACUGUCAAAUCGGGACAGGGUAUUGGCCCAGAGUCUCAUGCAAACUGCAGCUCUUCAGGUAAGGAUAUCAUCGAGUGUUCCUAGCAGCUAUGUCUUUACCGCUUUCUCAUCCACCAUUCAUGCAGAUGCACAGCUCUUACAUUGAUGAGCUUGAAGCUAUUGUGGACUUUGGGAAAAAGGCAGACAUUGAGGCUCUCCAUUCCAAUGGACCAGAUUUCCUUGUGAAGUUCAUCAUCCAGAAAAUUGUACAUCAGGAUUACAUUUGAGGUUCAAGUAGCA